AUGGAUCUUGCGCCAUUACCAGCGCCAGCGCCAUCGCUCCAACAGCAGCAGCAGCAGCAUCAGGACGAGAAAAUGGCCAGGUAUUCCAUCAAUUCCAGGAUCAUCCUCGAUCUCCUCAAGAAUGCCAAGCGCGGCGAGAGCAUGGACGAGAUCAUGAGACAGUGGAGCGGCUUGCUCACGACCUACGUCGUGGCGGAUGUUCUCAAGCAUCUCCCGAGCUCCGAGGCGGCUCUCCGGUUCUUCGAGUGGGCACCCAAGCGAAUGGGCUACGAGCACAACGUCUUCACGUACAACAAGCUCCUCCUCCAGCUGACGAGAGAGCAUCGCCACGACAAAGCCAGCGCCGUGUUCCAGGAGAUGAUCGACAAGUCCUGCCAGCCCGAUGCCUUCACCUUUGCGAUUCUCUUGCGGGGACUUUGCCGAUCCAACCAGCUCGAGAAAGCUCGCCAGCUCCUGGGAAGAAUGAAGGAGAUGGGGUGCGUUCCAGACGAUGCCAUCUACAAUGCUCUCAUCUCCGGCUACUCCAAGGCCAAGGAUUUCGGCCAAGCAUUCAAGUUCCUGGCCGAGAUGGUGAAGAACCAUUGCCUUCCAACGGUGGUCACGUACACGAACAUCGUGGAUGGGCUUUGCAAGGCCGGGCGGACCAAGGACGCGGUGAAGUUACUGGAUGAGAUGCGUGACAAGGGAUGCUCUCCGAACAUCUAUACUUACAACGUGAUCGUGGAGGGGCUUUGCGAGGAGAGGAAGCUGGACGAGGCCAAGAAGAUGCUCGAGGAGAUGGCUGUGCGAGGAUACUUUCCAGACGUCGUGACUUACAACUCGUUCAUCAAGGGACUUUGCAAGUGCGACCGAGUGGACGAGGCACGAAAGUUUCUGGCGAGGAUGCCUGUGACUCCCGACGUCGUGAGCUACACCACGGUGAUUAACGGGCUUUGCAAGUCCGGGGAUUUGGAUUCAGCGAGCAGGAUGCUGGAUCAGAUGACCAACCGUGGCUGCACUCCCGACGUUGUCACGUACUCCUCGUUGAUAGACGGGUUUUGCAAAGGUGGCGAGGUGGAACGAGCCAUGGGUCUUCUAGACUCGAUGCUGAAGCUCGGGUGCCGGCCAAACAUGGUAGCUUACAACUCGCUGCUCGGGGCUCUCCACAGGCUGGGACAUAUUGGCAAGGCUGAGGACAUGCUAGUCGAGAUGGAGAGGCGGGGAUUUACUCCAGACGUGGUUUCCUACAACGCUUGCAUUGACGGGCUUUGCAAGGCGGAGCGAGUGAAGAAGGCCAAGGCCGUGUUUGACAGGAUGGUGGAGAGGGGCUGUACGCCCAACGCCUCGAGCUACAGCAUGUUGGUGGAGGAGCUUUGCAAGAAAAAGGAGCUUGACGAUGCUAUAACUCUGGUGGAACAAGCUCGCGAGAAAUAUCAGAUUGUGGACAUUCUUCUUUACACGGUGCUGCUGGACGGGCUUUGCAAAGGUGGUCGAUUCGACGAAGCUUGUGCGCUGUUUAGCAAAGUUUUGGACGAGAAGAUCUGCGAGCCGGACGUGUUCUUCUACAACGUUAUGCUCGACAGUCACUGCAAGCGCAGGCAGAUUGAUAAAGCUCUCCAGAUUCACAAGCAGAUGCUAGAGAGGAACUGCUGCAACGUCGUCACCUGGAAUAUUUUGGUUCAUGGACUGUGCGUGGACGACAGGCUCUCAGAUGCGGAGACGAUGCUUCUGACGAUGGUGGACGAGGGAUUUAUUCCGGACUUCGUCACGUAUGGGACACUAGUCGAUGCUAUGUGCAAAUGCGGAAAAUCUGCGGCCGCUCUAGAACUGUUUGAGGAGGCAGUAAAAGGUGGAUGUGUGCCGGAUGUUGUCACCUACAGUGCUUUGAUCACGGGGCUUGUCCACGAGAACAUGGCCGAAGAAGCAUAUCUGCUCUUCACGAAACUUGUCGAGCGACGCUGGGUGCCGGAUGACAAAACGCUCGGCCUUCUUCACAGGAAGCUGAAGCUGUUGAACAAGCCAAGGAAGGCGGAGGUGGUGGACUUGUACUUGACCACUUGA